GGGGGGAGGGGAUGGGAGAGAAAGGGAAAGGGCUCGCCUAGGGCUGGGGUGAGGGGACCGGCGGAGGAAGAGGAACCCAGCCCGGUGCUGAGAGAAUGGCCAACGAGCCGGUGGUCCUCAACAUCUACGACAUGUACUGGAUUAAUGAAUACACCUCAUCGCUGGGAAUUGGGGUCUUCCACUCGGGCAUUGAAAUUUACGGUAGAGAGUUUGCCUAUGGUGGACAUCCCUAUCCAUUUUCAGGAAUAUUUGAGAUCACUCCAGGAGAUUCAAAUGAUCUAGGUGAUGCAUUUAAAUUUAAACAAGCCAUUGUAAUGGGUAGUACUGACUUUACAGAAGAUGAUAUAGAACGCAUUGUUGAGGAACUUGGAAAGGAAUACAAGGGAAAUGCUUAUCAUCUAAUGCACAAAAAUUGCAACCAUUUUUCAUCAGCUAUAUCAGAGAUCCUGUGCGGGAAGGAGAUCCCUCGGUGGGUCAACCGACUGGCACAUUUCAGUUCGUGCAUUCCAUUUCUGCAGAGCUGCUUGCCAAAAGAAUGGCUGACGCCCGCUGCCCUCCAGGCCAGCGUGAGCCAGGAGCUGCAGGAAGAGCUUGAAGAGGCAGAUGCGGUGACUUCAACCACUGCUUCAGCAUCCACGUCUAGGUCAGCCUUGACAAGACCAGGCCACCACACAAAAUUAUGACGCUGUACAGUGACUCAUGACUGACUUUGUAAACUUGCAACUGACGUUAUUUUUUUGAAGUGAAAAAUAACUAUUACAAUCAUUACGAACUGUUCUGCAGGGUGCUGAAUGUUCUAAACUUUUUUCAUUAUGAAUUUUUCUCAAUGCUUUAUCUAGAAUCCACUUGUACCGUGUUUUAUAUAUGACAUUUUUUGUAUGCUUCAUGGACCUCAAUCAUUUCUCAGUGACCCCUCUUCAAGCCUCAAAGAACUUGCUUUUGAAGGUUCAUAUAACAGUAUUUUGGAUAUUUGUUUACAAAGUCCCAUGUUGCCAAAACUGGGAACAACACUAAUGACCCUGUUGUAGUGAUUUUUAUCUUUUUUUAAGGAAUCUUUGACAUAGGGAAUGAAGUUGUUCAUUUGCUAGUAGUUAUUUGCUGAAGAAGUUCAGUGGGUCUUCUGCGUAACUUUCUAUCCCACACUCAAGUUGCUCGAUUUUAUUUAAAAUGUUCUUUAUUUUCAAAAUCUGUUUUUUUUUUUAAUGAAAAGCUUCCAAAACUGUACCCGUCUACAAUGUUAAGUUAGUAUGCAGUUGCUGGCCACAGAAUAUAAAACAGAGUGAGCAAUAAGCUUUUCGCCAGCAUUUUCUGAACAAGGAAUUAGGUUUUUCUUUGUGUUCUUAGGGCAGAGUGUACAAAACCCAUUCAGCUGCAUUGACCAAUAAGUGGAUCAACCCUACCUGGCAUGUUUAUCAGAGUGCCUCGUUCGGCUGGUACCGUACAUUAGCAUUUUAAACUUUAAUAUCAGGAGUUGCAUCUGAAGAGAUUUUUAAAGCUUGAAACACUGGUUAAUUACACUGUGGGAGGAGGAAUUAGCACUUUAAAAUAUACACUUAGACUAUUGUGAAUCAUGCAGUUUUGAGAGAAAUAUCUGUCUUUUUUAAAGAAUGGAAUCAUUUUGACUGGGAUUUGGUAUUGGAAGGUUUUCUUCCAGAAUUGAUUUGCAGUAUUCUAAGGUGAUGUGUUUUGAUCUCGUGCUGUUCCAGCCAGCUUGGUGUGAAUGAUGUAACUAUCCCAAGCUGGACAAACCCUUAUUCUUUGCCUUUGUUUUAUUUUCUGACACAUUAUUCAUCUCGGCAACCCUUAGCAAGCUGUCCUUGUAGUUGAUACUCUGCACUGUUGUGUGCCUUAGAAUGUUUGUAAAUGGGAUAUUGCAGACUAUCCUGAACUUGUAUGAGGUUAUUUAAAGGAACAUUGUGUUUCAAUAAUCAGCAAAUCAUGUACAUGAACCCACCUCGGGUAUCACGCCAAUCAGAAUUUUGUAGUCAGCCCACAGUUAAUUUACAAAACCAGGUUGAUAUUUUUUUAAUUGGUUUUUAUUCAUAUGCACUUGGUAUAACUAUCAAGUCAUGUACAUAUACAGUAAUAUUACCAGAUCUUUUCUUUAAUCAUGAACAGUGUGACACUAUUCAGAAACUAUAAUUUUGAGUGAGGCCAACUUUCCCGAAAUAUUUCUAGUAAUACUUCAUUUCUGACACUGCCCAACUUUUGCCAUCAACAUGACUGCUGUCAAGAUCACUUGCCAUUGUUUAUAUAAGCAUAAAGUAGAUUCCAGUCCGAUAACUUGUAUAUUCCCUUCUUGUUGCUGCCUCUGUCUUGGGAGACAUAUUAACUGGGAAGUGGCCAGAGGAAAUUGUUUAAUCAGAUUAAUUAAAAUGAGCCUACUCCACCUUCCAACCUGAGUUGGUGCACCACACUGCCUGCUGUCUUGAUAAUGGUGUGAUGCUUGAAUUGGUAAGACAUUUGCCACUGAAGGAAGGUAAACGUUAUGAGCUGCUGCUUGGUUCAUUUCUAUGAAUAGACUUGUUGCCGUAUUGCCAGAAAUUAGUUCAAAAAAAUGUAUACAGUCCCUCGAACCCUCCUGAGGAAUAGCAAUGGCUUAGCAUAAUAUUCAAAUAGCUUUGUAAUUGAAUUUGGUGCAAAUUUUGUCUAUUAAUGUUGCAAGGAUGAGUUCAUUUUACUUAAGCUGCUGGUAUGUCACCAUAUUUUGAUAACAUGCUAGUUAGUGUAAGUGUCUUGUCCAAUGGACAUUUUGAGAUGGGACUUUAUUCUUGCUCUAAUCCUGAUCUAUGAAUUCUCUGUAAUAAAUGUUCAAGUGCAGCUUGGAUGGUAAUAUUUCCCAAGUUGCAUCAUAUUUUGAGGCUGUCAAAGAUAUGGAAUGUAACUGGUUAGCGCAAGGGUGUUGGCUCAGGGCCGCACCAGGAUUAGGGAGAAAUUGAUACCUGUGUGGGAUUUAAUAGAUUCUGAUGCAAAGAGAUUUCUAAUAGCAGGGCAAUGGCUGUCCACUAAAUCUGAAUCCUGCUUUUAAUCUGUGGUCUGAUGGGAGCUGGUAAUGUCACUGUUUAAAAAGAAAAUUUGAUUUUCUAUGCAUUUAAAUCUCGUGGAGGUGGUAAAGCUUAUUUGCUGUUAAUUUGAACUCUGGACUGAGGAGUUAAAAAUGAUGCUCUAGAUAUAUUGGUUCUUACAUUGCAGGCACUAUACAUUUGUCAUCAUAUCUUGGAUAAAGAUUGUGCAAGACUGCAUGGCACUGUUUCUUGUUUGGUAUGGAGCACAAGUACCUGAUUGCCAGGGUACAUUUGUGAGGUGCCUUUUAAUUAUGAUGAGGGUACUAUUAAUAAUCCAGGUCCGUUCAUUCAAAAUACCUCAUCCCUUACAUUUUACACUCCAGUAGCUAUAAGAUUAAUUCAAGUUAAAUAUUUAAUUAAAAGAUGUAGGUCGCAAACUCUUUACUAUUCUAGAACUUGCACACUUUAAAAGUAGUUCUUGUACUUUAUUUUUUGAACAAAAUGAUGUUAUGUCAGCAUUAAAGACAAUUGUUUAAUGUAAAA